AUGCUAGGGCAUCUUGAGAUCAAGAAAGAGGUGGUGUUGAGUAUCUUGAAGAGCAUUAAGGUGGAUAAUACACCAGGGCCCAUUCCAGGAAACUAUAGACUGGUAAUUAUUCAGGUCUGUUUUGAAAGCCACGAUUGGAUAACCUCGAUCGAUAACAACUUGCUGCCCAAAGAAAGGGAGCUCUCUUCGCCGCCGACUUUUGCCGUAGACCAACUGGAACCAGUUUCCAGAACAUACCAAGGUCUCCGGAUGACGUCACGGCGGCGAUGCAGUGACGUGUGUGAUGAUGUGGCGGCCGGGCGUAACGUCAGGUGCGCCGUCCCCACAAGAUGGUGGUUGUCUUCCGGAUGCUCUGAACCUGCAGUGAGAUCUGAUCGUGUUAAGUGGCUCGGGAUGGAUGACAUAUCUCUCUCGGACUCUGAGAGAUUGGCUGGGGAGCGCUGGGCGCCCGUCGGUGCGGUGGCCAGCCCCGAGGAAACGGAGAAGGCGGUCAUCCCACCCGAGGUAGGCCUGGUGUGCGGCGGCGCUACCGCCGGAGUGGCAGUGAUGGCGGAGAAGAUGCAGCGGCUAGAGAGCGAGCAGGAGCUGUUGAACUCGUCGCUGCUCGCCCUCACCUCCCACUUCGCCCAGGUGCAGUUCCGCCUCAAACAGAUCGUCAACGCUCAGAGCGACGAGAAGGAGCGGCUGCUGAAGGAGCUGGAGGACUUCGCUUUCAAAGGCUGUCCGCAACCAUUUAUCAGCCGGGCUGUGGACGGGCAGCACCUGGACAGUGCGAGUGAAAGGGAAAAACUUGAACGGCUCGAGGCCCAACGACAGAAACAAAGAGAGUUGAUUAUACAGCUGAAGACACAGCUGGAUGACUUGGAGACAUUUGCCUACCAAGAGGGCAGCUAUGAAUCCCUUCCUCAGUCGAUAGUCCUAGAACGGCAGCGGGUAAUCAUAGAUGAAUUGGUUAAAAAACUGGAUGUAAAUCUAAGUGAAGAUUUUAGCAAUUUGUCACCAGAAGAACUCAGACAACGUGUUGAUGCAGCAAUUGCUCAAAUUGUGAAUCCAGCAAGAGUAAAGGAACAGCUGGUGGAGCAGCUUAAAACUCAGAUUUGUGACCUUGAAAUGUUCAUCAACUUUCUGCAGGAUGAAGUUGGAAACCCUCCGCAGGUUCAGAAUGGAAAGUGCAUGUGCAACGUGCACGGAGUGAAAGAUUCUCAGGCAUCAACUGCAAAAUUGUCAAAUGGAAGUCAUCAUGUGGAUCGCGAAACAGCUAAAAAAAUGAGAGAGACUGGGUUAAACCUUGUUCGCAGAGCGCUGGCAAUAUUGCAGAUAUUUGCUGUUAGUCAGUUUGGAUGUGCUGCUGGUCAGAUCUCACGUGGAGUAUGGCAGCCUGAUGAAACAGACAAGGACUACGCUCCCCUGCUACUUAAACUAGAAGGUGCUGUAGAUAAAGUGAAACAGCUGGCAUUGAGACAUCCACAGGAUGACGAGCAUGUAAUCAGUAGCCGUGACUUUUAUCUUGGGAAGAAUGAACUCAUAACUGCUGUACGAAAAGAGUUGUCAAUAGCUCUCAGAGACCUGAUGAGCCAUGGUUUGUAUGCCUCCUCUCAAGGAAUGAGUUUGGUCCUAGCACCAAUUGCGUGCCUCCUUCCCUCACUCACAACCUCUCCUCAAACCAUGCACCCCUGGCAACUUUUUGUGAAGUACUACAAUACCAGAAAUGGUAGAGCUUUUGUAGAGUCUCCUGCUCGCAAGCUGUCUCAAUCCUUUGCCUUGCCAGUGACUGGGAGUGGCAUUGUAACUCCAAAACAAAGUUUACUCUCUGCAGUACACACUGUGCUCACUGAACAUGACCGUUACAAGCGCAGUGCGGAUUCAGAAUUUAAGGCCUUAAUAUGCAUGGCACUGAAUGAACAGCGCUUGGUUUCCUGGGUAAACCUGAUUUGUAAGUCAGGGACACUUAUCCAGAGUCAUUACCAGCCAUGGAGCUACAUGGCCUCUACUGGGUUUGAGAGUACCCUCAAUAUUCUCAGUCGCCUCAGCAACCUGCAGUUCAGCCUUCCGGUUGAUACUGCAGUUCGACAAUUAAAAAAUAUCAAAGAUGCUUUUUAAUGUUUCCUGUGUAUAUAUUUUAUCCUAUGAAAGAUUUGAUUAUAAAUGUUUAGAUCCAUUGUAAGUUAUGCCUCUUGCUUUGAAUAUUCAAAUUGAAGGUUUGAAGUAUGUUGACACAUAAUCAAUUACAAUUGUAUUUUAAAUCAAAUGUAUACAUUACUGUAAAUAUUGACUAUUUUAAUAUUUAUUAAAUAUGACAGGUUGCUCAUCCACAGGUGACAGUGAAACAUAGGAUGUUUUUUUGAACAAUGGUGUUAUCAGCAACUUGUGAUAUGACUAAUGUUGUAGGAAUUGUGACGUUUGCACAGUACAUUGCAAAGCUUUAAAUAUCGCAGUUGGAGUUUAAAUCAUUACGAUAAAAGAAACACUAGGGAGUUGUUGGGUUUUUGUUUACUUUUUCUCGAAUACAUUCAACUACUGAGGACUGACCUUUGAACCUGUCACUUGAUGUUUAUCUCAGUUCCUAAUCAGCAGCUAGGAACUUUAGCAAUAACGAGACAGGACAUCAGUGCUGGAGUCUGGUCAAAAAGCAUUGAGUUUUUGUGGGACCUGGAGAAGGUCAAAUAGCCCUGAGCCCAUUCUGCCAAUUCUUAGGUUUAUGACUCACCUGCAACUUGGCUCCAUGUUCCUUGGUUACAAGCUCAAAUUUAUUUAUAAUGCGGCCCCAUGUUAAGUCUCAUUCCUAAGUUUAAAAGCAAGUUUGUUUUGUUUCUCAGCUUUUGUAUUUCAUAGCUUUGUUUUUUGCCUUUUUCUUUGGUCAAGAACUAGGAGACAAUGAAGGUGGUCAGGCAUGCUACUUUGGGGUAUGUGCAAGGUUUAUUUGAGGAAUGAGAACUCAGGAUGUGGAAUAUGGCUUCAAGUUUACUCUUUCCAUUUAAAUAACUUAAUCCUGUAUGUUAUAAAUCUGCACAGAUCCACAGAAUACCACUCCAUGGCAUUGAGCAUUGAAGCAUCAUCUGAACUGUGUAGCCUGUUUAAAUUUGUUCUUGUUGGCUGUCUGUGUCAUGUGUAAUAGUGCAGUACUUUUUGGACAUUGGGUGUGUCCUGUGUUUUGUUGGGAUCAUUUUCUUUCAGACAUAAUAUUUUUCAAGGAUCAACAAGAGCCAGCUGUUACUUAAUGGAUACGGUUAGACAAAUGUCUUAAAUGAUUUGGUUACAAACAUUUAAUAGAAUUUAUUUACAAUUUAUGUAAAUAUAAUGUGUUCUGCUAUGGUGUGAUGUUUAGUGACACUGAGAUGUUCUGAUAUAAAAUCAGGGUUUGAAUUUUCUUAUGUUUUUCCUUACCUCUUUCCGAGUUGUGUAUUCUCAAGAAGUUGUUCUGGUUAAUGUUGUACAUCUUAUGGCCUGCAGUGCUCUUUGAUACAUAGAAUAUGAACCACAUUUGUUGGAAGAAAACAUGAUAUAAUGUUCUUUUCUGUAAUCCUAUUUUACACAAUAUUAAGUUGAAAUGUAACCAUGCAUGUCUUUACAGUUAAGUGUAGCUUAUGAAUCAUUUUCAUUGAGGUCAUGAAAUGGAAUCAUUUGAUUUUGGACGCAUACAGUUCAUUCGAUGCUGUAACCUCUGUGCCUCACAGGAGCCAGGUUAAAACCUUGCAAGGUCUAGUGGUCUGUGUGAUUGCGUAAUGAAUUUGUUUAGCAAGACAUGGAUCUGAAAUGUUUUGUUCCUCUGGAACACUGAGUACAUACUACAUUAGAAUUUAGAAAAGCAAAAGUUUAUUUGUGAUAUUAAUGUGAAAAUUGCUCUGUAAACACUAUCUCUUAAAAGAAACUACGAAUAGAAGAAAAGAUAUCUAUUCUGUACAUACUCCUUGAGACAAAAUAAAAGUGGAAAGCAAGAUUUUUUUACCUUGCAUAUUUCAUAACCUAAAUAUGUAUGAAAUUAGUUUCUAUUUUUCUAAAGAUCUAAGCAAAAAAGUGAAAACCAAUUAAACCAAAUUUGAGAUGAUUAUGUGAAAUUUGUAGUAAUGUUUAGCAUUACAACAAUUGCUGUUUGAUAUCAAUUUCUUUUGUCUUUUCCAAAGAUAAUGCUGAUCAACUCAAUGAGUAGCCAAAUCAUAUGGGGAUCUAGCUGCUAGUCCUUUGGAAACUUCUAAAGAAAUAUUUAUAACAGCAGUCGUAGAGGGAUUGAGUUCAAGAGCCGUGAAGUUAUGCUCCAGCUGUACAAAAGCCUGGUUUGGUCACAUCUGGAGUAUUGUGUCCAGUUCUGGUCCCCUCAUUACAGGAAAGUGGAAGCUUUGGAAAAGGUGCAGAGGAGACUUACCAGGAUGUUGCCUGGAAUGUAGGGAAGGUCUUAGGCGGAAAGAUUGAGAGAGCUAGCGCUUUUCUGUUUAGCGUGACGAAGGAUGAGAGGUGACUUGGUAGAGGUAUACAAAAUGAUCGGGAUGUAGAUCGAGUAGACAGCCAGAGACUCUUUCCCAGGGUGGAGGUAGCUUUUACAAGAGGACAUAGUCUCAAAGUGAGUGGAGGUAGAAACCUGGGAGACAACAGAGGUAAAUUGUUUACUCCGAGUGGUUGGGACAUGGAAUGCAUUGCCAGAGAAGGGUAGUGGAGUUGACUUCAUUAGGGGCAUUUAAGCAGCUAUUUAGAUAGGCAUGUGGAGGUUAGAUAGACCUUGGGUUUAGGGUAAAAGUUUGGCACAACGCCGUGGGCCCAAGGGCCUGUACUGUUCUAUUUUCUAGCAGUUUUUGUUUAAAGAAACAGCCCCUUUAUGGUUUUUAUUGCUUAAAUUGUGUUGGAUAACUUUGAAUUGAAACUGUAAGUUUUUUUUUGAAAAAACCUUUUAUAAUUAUCCUUUUUCUGGCUACCAAAACUCUAAUUCUCAAAUCAAUCUUUAUAUCAAUGUACCUUUUGGUAUUUGACUCCUUUACAAGUGGAAGUGUCUCUUAUGACUCUCUUGAACCCAUUGUAAUUCUGAACACCCCUAUUAGAUCACUUUUAUCAUUCAUCUCUUAAGAGUAAGAAGCUUUCAGAAUGGUCAUAGUUUCCUAAUAGGUGUACGUUUUUUUUUAAAAAAACAAGUUUGAUAUGCUUUAUAAAAUAGCUUUUGCUUUUGAGGCCUAAUUAUCUUAAAAAUAGUCCAUAGUGCUUUAUUUGCACUUUAUGGCUUUAACAUGCAUUGCUGUUUUUACUGACUUCUGUAUCUGUGCCUUAGUACUAUUUUUCGGUUCUAUAUUUCCAAAACUGUCUAACUUCCCAAUUCCUUAUACCCAAAACAUGCAAACAUUUGAAUCCAUAUCUAAAUUCAUUUCCCAUUUUAUGAGCAUUAUGCAAACAUAUUAAUGCCUUAGUUUGUACUCCUCCAGAUGUUAACAGUGUUUAAUUUUAAUUUCUAGAUGACAAAAAAAGGUAUCUUUUGCAACAUGAGUCAUGCAUGGAUUUAGCCUGAAUGUAGUGCCUUCCUUCCAAAUCCAUCUAGCAUUUAAAGGAGGUUAUUUUUACUGCACUUCAGUAUAGAUAUUUUUAAUCAACCUGUUCAUCCACCUCCUGGGAACUUAACCUGAGCUUUCUGAUUCAGAAGUAGGGACUGUUGCAAGAGUCUCGAGCAGUAAUCUGCUUCUUGGGAUUUCAUUUGCACCUGGUCAUAUGGCACAGAAAAGGAUCCUCUUGGUCCAACCAGUUCAUAAUCAUCCAGUCUGUCUUUAUAACACUUAACCAGGAUGUUGCCCGGUAUGGAGGCUUAAUCUCUUCUGAACCCCCUCCAGCUUGAUAUUUUCCUAUAACUGUGCCACUAAAACCAGACACAGUUUCACAGAAGAGGCCUUGUCAAUGUUCUGUACAACCUCCACAGGAUGUCUCAACCCCUAUACUCAGGCUGAGCAAUGAAGCCAAGCAUGCCUAAUGCCUUUUUAACCACCCUGUGUACAUGUCACACAAACUUCAAAGAAUUUUCUACUGAACACCUAGGUCUCUCUGUUCUACAAUGCUACCUGAAGCCCUACCAUUAAUUGUGUAAGCCGUACCCUUGUUGGUUGUACCAAAAUGCAAUACCUCUUAUUUUAUCCAGAUUGAACUCCCAUCUGCAGUUUUUCAGUCCAUUCUCAAACUAACUAUUUUGACAGUUUCAGGUGAUCUCCUAAUGUUUGAACAGCUCUCUCACUUUGAUUAAGUUGUUAGAAUUUCCUCAAUUUAUGAAUUAAUCUGUAAUCUAUUGAUACACUUUGGUAAUGUGUUACAACAAUGCUGUCUUUUGGUUGAGAUGCACUAAUGAGCUUCCAUAGCCUUUUUAAUUGAGUGCUAAAAGAUCCCUGAUGCUCAAACAAAUUUCUCUCCAAACAAUAUCACCAAAAAUGGAUUAACUAGUUAUUCAUCUGGUUAUAUUUAGGAGGCCUUUAAUUUUGCUGAAUUUACCCACUACAGUUACUACCCUGCCAGAAUAAUUUGUGGUUGAACAUUGUUUUCUGGGAUAUAAAUUCUGAUGGAGUCAACAGUUGUAGGCUCUGACCUCAGUGGAAACAAAUGUCUUCUGAAAUUCUCUGACCUGACCGCAGUAAAUACAACACUCCUUGAUUAAAGGAAUAUCUGAUCUGCUUCCCAACUCAACUUUCAGCUGUCUAGUCUAACACUUCAUCGUGUCAGGCUGCAGCCCACGAGGGGAAUCAGCAAAGUUUACCCUUGCUUUCUCACUUGACCAUUGCCCCAAAAUGUUCUCCACAACUCAUAAAGGAAUAUGAAUAUCUUGUUACACUUGACUAAAAACACAUUCUAUUUUAAUUUGAGGAGAAGCUAACAUUUAGCUUCUGUUGAAAACCAGUUGUGCAAUGUUUUAACGCCUGGAUAAAUAGAACAGAUGGAGGGACUGUACGUCGUCUGAGAAGUAUAACAUUCAGUUUUAAUUUUCCCCCCAAUACAAGUUCCUAAACGUUUUAACUGGUAUUUAGCCCUGAAAUUCACUUAUUUAGUAAGUUGUAUGGUAUUUAAUUCUAAAGUUUUUAAGCUGUACAUCAUGAUAGUAUCAAGUGAUAUUUGUUGCAAUCUCCAAAAUUUAAAGUGCCAAUUUGGAUGUUUAUUAAUAGUUAUAUCCAGAAGUUGACCUUAAUGACUUAAGUUAAUACAAUUUUAGUUAUGGCUAAAUUACACAUGAAGCUGACAUGCAAGGUUCGACAAAUGCUAAGAUAUCACUGUUCUAAUUUUAAAUUUUAUUACUUCUAGAUACAAAAUUCACCAACUUGUUGAUUUUUAAGGCAAUGACUUCAUUUUAAGGAGAAUGCACUACUUCCUUUUUAAAAUAAAAACUUUGGAAUGCGAAAUGGUCACUGUACUGUACACUUACAAAUAAA